AUGUUUCUUGAUGAUUAUUUAGUAGAGCACACUCUCUAUGGCCGUGUUACUGAUAUCACUGCCUAUAACGAGGUGGAAGUGAUGGUACCCCGUAAGUCACCUGAUGAGUUAUUCAGGGGGAGACUGAUACGAGUCAAACUAAUUGGAGUUGAAUCAGCAUCAGUCAGUAGGACACUACUUCUUCAGUCUAAGGCGUAUUUGACUAAAAUGAUAUUCAAUAUGAGGGUGAGAGUGGUAUUGGUAAGGAAUAGUGGAAUAAUGUGUGGUAGAAUAGAGUACAAUGGUAGUGUAGAUGUGAAUGAUAGAAUAAUGGGUGUAAUAAGAAGAUUGGAGGAGUACAAUGAGUGUGAUGGUGAUAGUGAUAGUAGUGAUAGUAGUAAUAUUAUUACUGAUACUAUCACUAAUAAUACUGUUCAUAAUAAUGCCUCCCUUCUUACACUAUUGUAUAUCCGGAAUAAAUAUGUCCUAAAUUCAAUUCACAUGGACAUUGAGACAGAUGAAUUCAGGGAGGUGACUCGUGAGAGCAACUGGAUUUAUAGGGCACUGGAAGAAGGAAGGGAAGUAGAAAGAAUAAGGAGGAAGCAGGAGAGGAUAAGAAGGAUUCUAGUAGAAAAAGGAGUAUGUAAUAAGUAG